AAAGCCAGCCAUUGUUUUACAGAAAAAACAAAUAUAUUGAAAAAUGGAGUAUAAGCUACAUGAGACUUCUUCAUAUUCAAGAAUCCGUCGGAUUCCAUCAAGCAAUUCGAGAAUCGAGAUUCCGGCGAUUGGUGGCCGUGUGUAGUGGUCGUUUCUCGGAUUCAAAUUCGAGCAAGAACAAAGAAGUAAAUAGUGCAGUAUAAGAAGAAGAAGAAGAAGAAGCAGAAAUGGUGCUUUUGCCAUCACUUUUUGAUGGAUUGGCAAGAGGUGUUUCAAUGAAGAAAGGGAAGAAUCAAAACAAUGAGACGGAUGGUGGAAGGGAAGCAGCUGAAAGCAUGGCCAAAGAUGCAAAGAAGAAUGAAAUGAUGCUGUGUUCCUCAGGUACUGUCAAUUCCAACAAGUCCAAUGAUUUUGCUUCCAUCUGCUCCAAGAGAGGCCAAAAAGGAACCAACCAGGAUUCUGCAAUUGUUUGGGAGAAAUUUGGGUGCCAAGAAGAUAUGAUAUUCUGUGGUAUUUUUGAUGGGCAUGGACCAUGGGGUCAUAUUGUAGCCAAAAGGGUGAAAAAUUCUGUGCCUGCUUCUUUGCUUUGCAACUGGCAAAAGGCUCUUUCCUUAACCUCACUUCCCCAUCAACUGGAUACUGAAUUCAACUCAACUUCUCAUCACUUUGAUAUCUGGAAACAAUCUUAUUUGAAAGCUUAUGCUGAUGUUGACCUUGAGCUUAAGCACCAUCCUGGCAUUGAUGCUUUCCGUAGCGGCACUACAGCUUUGACGAUCAUCAAACAGGGUGAACAUCUGGUUAUAGCAAAUGUUGGUGAUUCUAGGGCAGUCCUAGCAACUACUUCAGAUGAUGGCAAAUUGGCACCUCUUCAGCUUACUGUUGACUUCAAGCCUAACAUUCCAGAGGAGGCUGAGAGAAUACUACAGUGCAAUGGGAGAGUGUUUUGCUUAAGAGAUGAACCAGGGGUGUACAGGGUGUGGACACCUAAUGGGGAUACACCAGGACUAGCUUUAUCAAGAGCCAUUGGUGACCACUGUGUCAAAGAGUUUGGCCUCAUUUCAGUGCCUGAUGUCACCCAAAGAAACAUCACAAACAAUGACCAAUUUGUCAUUUUAGCAACAGAUGGGGUUUGGGAUGUUAUUUCAAAUGAAGCAGCAGUGGAGAUAGUUUCUUCAACAGAAGAUAGGGAAAAAUCAGCAAAAAAAUUGGUUCAAUGUGCCAUGAGAGCAUGGAAGUAUAAGAAAAGAGGGAUUGCAAUGGAUGAUAUCUCGGCCAUCUGCCUCUUCUUCCACCCCAAGCUGUCUCAACAAGUUAACUUCGUCAAAGCCUCCGCCCCCGCCAAGAUGGCAAAACUCGGGUAACUGAUUGUUGCCGUCGGCCAUCGGCGGUUCAUUGCCUUUGGGUUACUGUGUUAUGUAUGGAUGUAGUAAUGUUAAACCUAUAUUGAAAUUGUUUCAUAAGAUGCAUCUGCAUGAACAGAUCUUUUGAACUUUCAUAUUCGGUAUUUCUAAUAUUAUGGAUGACGUGUUUAAUGUAUUA